GUAACCAAAGCCCUUAGGGGACUAGGGUCCAUCACUGAUUUGGGAGGAGGGGCCUGAGGCGUGAGGGAAACCGCGAUGAGGGCCGUGUUGACGUGGAGGGAUAAAGCCGAGGUUUGUAUAUAUGACCUCGCAUUUAAGCCCGAUGGAACGCAACUGAUUGUGGCUGCAGGAAACAGAUUACUGGUUUAUGACACUUCUGAUGGCACCUUAAUUCAGCCCCUAAAGGGACACAAAGAUACUGUGUACUGUGUGGCAUAUGCAAAGGAUGGCAAGCGCUUUGCUUCUGGAUCGGCUGAUAAAAGCGUUAUUAUCUGGACCUCAAAAUUGGAAGGCAUUCUGAAGUACACGCACAAUGAUUCUAUCCAGUGUGUCUCCUACAAUCCUAUUACCCACCAACUGGCAUCUUGUUCCUCUAGUGACUUUGGCUUGUGGUCUCCUGAACAGAAGUCUGUCUUCAAAAAUAAAUCUAGUAUCAAGAUCACCUGCUGCAGCUGGACAAACGAUGGUCAGUACCUGGCUCUAGGGAUGUUCAAUGGGAUCAUCAGCAUACGGAACAAAAAUGGCGAGGAAAAAGUGAAGAUUGAGCGCCCGGGGGGCUCCCUCUCCCCUAUCUGGUCCAUCUGCUGGAACCCUUCCAGCCGAUGGGAGAAUUUCUGGAUGAACAGAGAAAACGAGGAUGACGAGGAAGUCAUUGUCAACAGAUAUUUUCAGGAAAUCCCUUCCGCUCUGAAGUCAGCAGUGUACAGUAGUCAGGGUAGUGAGGCAGAGGAGGAAGAACCAGACGAAGAGGACGACAGUCUCAGGGACGACAACUUAGAGGAACAUAAUGAUAUCCUGGCUGUAGCUGAUUGGGGACAGAAACUCUCCUUUUACCAACUGAGUGGAAAACAGAUUGGGAAGGAUCGGUCACUGACCUUUGACCCCUGCUGCCUCAGCUACUUUACUAAAGGGGAGUACAUUUUGCUGGGAGGGUCAGACAAGCAAGUAUCUCUUUUCACCAAGGAUGGAGUACGGCUUGGGACUGUUGGGGAGCAGAACUCCUGGGUGUGGACAUGUAAAGUGAAGCCAGACUCCAACUACGUGGUGGUAGGCUGCCAAGAUGGCACCAUUUCCUUCUACCAGCUUAUUUUCAGUACCGUCCAUGGGCUCUACAAGGACCGGUAUGCCUACAGGGAUAGCAUGACUGACGUCAUUGUGCAGCACCUGAUCACCGAGCAGAAAGUUCGGAUUAAAUGCAAAGAGCUUGUCAAGAAAAUUGCCAUCUACAAAAAUCGAUUAGCUAUCCAACUGCCAGAGAAAAUCCUCAUCUAUGAGUUAUAUUCGGACGACUCAUCAGACAUGCAUUACCGGGUGAAGGAGAAGAUUGUCAAGAAGUUUGAAUGCAACCUUCUGGUGGUGUGUGCCGACCACAUCAUCCUCUGCCAGGAGAAACGGCUGCAGUGCCUGUCUUUCAGUGGAGUGAAGGAGCGGGAGUGGCAGAUGGAGUCUCUUAUUCGCUACAUCAAGGUGAUUGGUGGCCCGCCAGGAAGGGAAGGUCUGUUAGUAGGCCUAAAGAAUGGACAGAUCCUGAAGAUCUUUGUGGACAAUCCCUUUGCCAUCAUCCUGCUAAAGCAGGCCACAGCUGUGCGCUGCUUGGACAUGAGUGCCUCCCGUAAGAAGCUGGCCGUGGUGGAUGAAAACGACAUGUGCCUGGUAUAUGACAUCCACACCAAGGAGUUGCUUUUUCAGGAGCCAAAUGCCAACAGCGUGGCCUGGAACACUCAGUGUGAGGACAUGCUCUGCUUCUCUGGAGGAGGCUACCUCAACAUCAAAGCCAGCACCUUCCCUGUGCACCAGCAGAAGCUACAGGGCUUUGUGGUUGGCUACCAUGGCUCCAAGAUCUUUUGCCUCCAUGUCUUCUCCAUGUCGGCUGUGGAGGUGCCACAGUCUGCUCCAAUGUACCAGUACCUGGAUAGGAAAAUGUUCAAAGAAGCCUACCAGAUUGCUUGCUUGGGUGUGACAGACACUGAUUGGCGUGAGCUGGCCAUGGAAGCUUUAGAAGGAUUAGAGUUUGAAACAGCAAAGAAGGCCUUCACCAGAGUACAAGACCUCCGAUAUUUAGAGCUCAUCAACAGCAUUGAGGAGAGGAAGAAGCGGGGAGAGACCAACAAUGAUCUGUUUCUGGCAGAUGUGUUUUCCUACCAGGGGAAAUUCCAUGAAGCUGCCAAACUGUACAAGAGGAGUGGGCACGAGAACCUCGCACUCGAAAUGUAUACCGACCUUCGCAUGUUUGACUAUGCCAAGGAUUUCCUUGAAUCUGGAGACCCCAAAGAAACAAAGAUGCUAAUCACCAAACAGGCUGACUGGGCUAGAAAUAUCAACGAGCCUAAAGCUGCAGUGGAGAUGUACAUCUCAGCGGGAGAGCAUAUCAAGGCCAUAGAGAUCAGCGGUGACCAUGGCUGGGUCGACACGUUAAUCGACAUUGCCCGUAAACUGGACAAGGCUGAGCGGGAGCCCCUGCUGAUGUGUGCUUAUUACUUCAAGAAGCUGGAUAACCCUGGUUAUGCUGCUGAGACUUACCUCAAGAUUGGUGACCUGAAGUCCUUGGUUCAGCUGCACGUGGAGACCCAGCGCUGGGAUGAGGCCUUUGCUUUGGGCGAGAAGCAUCCCGAGUUUAAGGAUGACAUCUAUGUGCCCUACGCUCAGUGGCUAGCAGAGAAUGAUCGUUUUGAAGAAGCCCAGAAAGCGUUCCACAAGGCCGGGCGGCAGCAGGAGGCAGUCCAGGUCCUAGAGCAGCUCACACACAAUGCUGUGGUGGAGAACAGAUUCAAUGACGCUGCCUAUUAUUACUGGAUGCUGUCCAUGCAGUGCCUUGAUAUAGCUCAAGACCCUGCCCAGAAGGAUGCGAUGCUCAACAAGUUCCACCACUUCCAGCAUUUGGCCGAGCUGUACCAUGGCUACCAUGCCAUUCAUCAGUAUACGGAGGAGCCGUUCAGUUCCCAUCUUCCUGAAACCCUCUUCAACAUCUCCAGAUUCCUGCUGCACAGUCUGACCAAAGACCCCCCCUUGGGCAUCUCUAAAGUAAAAACACUCUUCACUCUGGCCAAGCAAAGCAAGGCACUGGGUGCCUACAAACUGGCCCGGCAUGCCUACGACAAGCUGCAGGGCCUGCAUAUUCCUGCCAGGUUCCAGAAAUCCAUCGAGCUAGGCAGUCUGACCAUCCGCUCCAAGCCCUUCCAUGACAGUGAAGAGCUAGUGCCCUUGUGCUACCGCUGCUCCACCAACAACCCAUUGCUGAACAACCUGGGCAACGUUUGCAUCAAUUGCCGCCAGCCCUUCGUUUUCUCCGCCUCUUCCUAUGAGGUGCUGCACCUGGUUGAAUUCUACCUGGAAGAGGGGAUCACUGAUGAAGAAGCUGUCUCCCUCAUUGACCUGGAGGCACCAAGACACAAGCAUGAGAACAAAUGGCAAGAGACCACGAGCAACAGUAUCCUGGAUGCUGGGCUGGACCUCUGUGUGUGCCAGCCAAACACAAGAGCUGAUGAGGAACCCACACAGCAUAUGAUGUCUAACAACUUUUGUAGUCAGGUUACUUUUAUGUACAAGACACAGACAGCACAACUCAGGCUGAGCACACAAGAGGGUGUAAAGAAGCCUAGUCCUAGAUGGACACUACUGGAUCCAGGUGCUCAUCUGGCACCAGCGGGAGGCUGUUGUCCUAUUGGCUCUGCUGUCCUUUGAGUGGCUUCAUUCUUUGACAGCACCAGCAGUACCAGCCCUGAAUUCCAUCAGCCUUACAGUCCUGGAAAAGGGCUGACGGUCCUCCCAGCAUGACAGCAAAAACGCCAGGGCCCAUCCUUGCUAGGACACCUCUGCCAGAGGACACAGGAUCGUGGUCAUUGUCCUGGCUAGACACAGGAGGAGGGCUUCCACGUCACUGUGUGCACACAUCACCUGGGGACCUUGGUAGCACACGGCAGCCAGUUCAGCAGGUCUGAGCAGACUGAGAGCUUGAGUUUCUAUAAACUUCCAGGCGAUGUCAAUGCCACUGGUCUGCGGGCCACAUUUUGAGGAGCAGAGCAGAAAGGAAAAGCCAAGGAGUUGUUUGCUGAAAACGGGACAGAAAUCAUGUCUGCAUGCCAGCCCUCUGCACACCUUUGUCAGAUGGUUUGGCCAGCUUUUACUGCCUGAUGGGACCACAUCUCAUACCUAACUUGGCACCAGCAGCCUCCAUUCCCCUGGGGCCCUUCCUUAUGGGAACCCUUCUCACCCUGGCCUCACAUCGGCUCCUCUGCCACCGCCUGGCAGAGGGAGCAGCUUUCUAGGCACCUUCAGCCUAGUCUGGCUGGUCUUAGGACUUGUAGGAGCUCUUAUCCCCAUAUCCAUAUGAAAUAUGACCUGCAAGGCCAUCUCAAGUGCCUCCAGACCACAUGGUGAUUGCCGAGUGUUUCUCCAAGAAUUGCUGGGUUUUCUGGCUGUGGUUUCCAGGUAGGCCCAUUAUUUUUCAUCCCAUCCACAGUAAGCCUGCAGCUUCUGCUUACUUGGUGCUUCUGGUCAGCAGGCCUCUGUGGGCCGUGGCAUGGUCUGUAUGGGGCAACAAAGGGCCCAUCAAAGCCUCUUUCUUGCCUGUGCACUGGGGCCUAGUCCCACCCUCUAUGUGACAAGGGCUGUCUCCUCCCUGGCCUGUGUUCCCUCCAUUUCUCUAUUUAGAAGCAUUCCACAGAGUCAUGGGGAAACACACCAGGCCCACAUAGAGUUCUUAUGAAUCUUGCGUUGAGUGGAGGGUAGGACCUGUUUUCCACUUGGCCUCUGGUUGCCUCCUUGACCAGACCC